GAGUCACAAAAAAGUAACAAUGUCGGUUUAUAUGGCCAGCGUGAUGGCUAUCUUCAAGCCUUUCCUUAAUUAUGGCAUGAAAUCCGUCGAUGUCUCUGGUCUUCCAAUCUUACUCGAGGUCAUCGAGAAUCACGCUCGGCGACAUUCUACCGGCACUGGUUUGCUAACAAUUUCCAAUCACAUUUCAACAUUAGAUGACCCAAUGGCUUGGGGUAUUAUGCCUUAUCGUACAUUCUUUAACACAAACUCAGUUAGAUGGACGUUAGGUGCAUCUGAUAUUUUAUUUACAAAUCGCUUAAUUGCUCCUCUUUUUCAAUCUGGUCAGGUGAUUGAGACGUUCAGAGGUCAAGGUAUUCAUCAACCUGCUGUCGAUACUGCUAUCUAUAAGCUCAACAAAGCUCAAUGGGUUCAUAUCUUCCCAGAAGGUAGGGUCAAUCAGGAAGGAGUUGACCCAACAAAAUUACUUCGUUUUAAAUGGGGAGUUUCUCGUUUGGUACUAGAAGCAGCUCAACCACCUAUCAUCUUACCUAUCUAUUUAAAAGGUUUUGAAAACGUUAUGCCCGAAAAUCGAUCAUGGCCAUUUACUCUCUUGCCACGGCCAUUCCAAUCUUUGAAAAUCUUUAUUGGACCUCCAAUCUCACCUUUUAUUGACUUGCGAGAGCGGUUUCGGGAUGCCAAAGAAGCCGACCGAGUGAAGAUUAGAAUCGAGCUAGCUGCUCAGCUACGCGACAGCCUGGCCAGAGUAGGCACUCAAGAACAAUGCCAUAAGGUUGAUGAAUCCGAUCAUCAGGUCUCAAAAUGA